AUGGUGACCCCUGCAUCCAAUCCAGACGCAGAUGAAAUAAUGCGUCUAGCAGUAGACCGCUUCCGCACAAAAAUGAAGUCAUCAAGUCUUAAGUUCAUCCAAGACCGAAUCGACUCGAUCGAAGCUAUGGAUUUACCAGCCGAAGAUAAAAUCAAAAAGCUGUCAGACUACCAUAUCGUGGAACCGGGUGAUGUCUCUCGAAUAGCCGAUGUCAAACCCCUUUCUGAGCAAUCGCCAUACGGGGGCAGUAUAACAAAGGGAUACAUAGAUGGGAUAAUUCCACCAACGCUAUCGGAACAAAGACGACAAUUAUUCAUCGAGACUCUACACAUCUUUUGUAACAAGCCGCAGGCUCAAAUCCCAGUCUGUGGCGAGCUAGGCCUUUUUCUCAAGUACGCCAACGGCAUUCAAUACCCGGACUUUUCGUGCUCGAGAAUGCCAUCUUUCAACCCGGAAGGUUAUCUCACGCUUGCUGAGAUACCGGAUCUUGAUGUUAUUACAGCACAGGACCUUAUCAGGGAUAGUUUUCAGGAAGCAUUUUGGGUACAAGAUGACCGGUUCAUCGAUACAGGGGAUAUGGACACUAAGCUUGGUUUUGUUUGGGGGACUAGCUGCCAGAACACUUAUGGGCAGUAUGCCCAAUAUUACCUGACGUAUCUGUACUGCAGAUACGAUGAUGGGUCGGACAAGUACAAGGACUGGGCUUGGCGGAUCGUUAUGGUUGAUGGGGAGGAUCAUCAUGGUUUUGAGCCGGUUUUUGGUCAGAGGCCUAUAUUCAACUCUAUCCCUGAGUUUUUGGAUUGGUAUUGUAGCUGGUUUGAGCAUACUAGUCAGAAACAACUUGAGCGGAAUAUUAGGACUUGGUGGGCCUGGGAUUAUGAGGAGAACGAAGAAAGUGACCUAGAGGAAGAUAAUGAUUAA